AUGGCCAGCAUCGCCCAACCCAUCAUCCGCGGCGACUUCCACCACGACGGGUACCACCUCCUCGUCAACGUCGCCGGCAAGUUAUAUUCCCGAGCUUGCGAAUCCGACAUCAGAGCCUGCCUUUACGGCUGGCAGCAAGAUCGCGCGGCUUCCUGGUGGGAAGCGCAAGUCGUCCACUAUAAUCUCCUGCGAACUAACCUCAAAGACAUGUGCAAGUCUCGACUGUGGGAAGCGAUUGAGCAGGGCGGGCUGAAAGCGCAGCCUGCGAAUGUUGCUGAGAUGGCGGAGGAGAUGAGGAAGGAGUUUGAGAGUGCUGUGCGCGAGGCUGGGAGGCUGGGGUUUCCGGGUGCGGGAAUGUCUGUGAGGCCAGCGAAGCGUGGACGUUGUGAUGAGGGGGCGGAGGAUUUCAACGACUUCUCUCGCGCCAACAUCGAAGAGAUUGUUCACGCGCUGAAAUACGGAUGGCCAGCUCGGUCCAAAGAGCUGAACACUAUGGCCGGGUGGAAAGCUCAGCUCAUUCAUUACGGCCUCUACGAUGAUUCCAAGCAUGAGCGACCCGGGUCAAAAGCGAAACUCCAAUUGGCUUUCCACGAGGCUUUUCCGGAGCUCAAGGACCAGCCGAAGCAUCUGGCUUUGAUGGAGCAGCAGAUGAAGGAAGAAUACUAUGCGACCGAGCCAGCUUCGAACAAGGAGGAAUUGUCGAUGGUACCUGUCAAAGAUCGUCCAGCGCAACAGCACGCAGCGCCUACCGAGCAGCCUCCCACGAUUCAUUAUGCAGCGCCUGUUUACAUUAACAAUGGUCCAUCAACAUAUAACAGCCAGUCGUCUCAGCAGCCUCAGUCGCAAGUUCCUGCUACAACGUCGCCAGAGCGAACAAUUUGCUCCGACAUCCAGCCAUCUGUUACUUCAGUCCAAUGGGACACUCCCACACAAUCGCAUCCAACAACUCCAGCUCACCCUUCCAUUGCUCCGAUCCAACAGGACAACCCCAUACAGGCGCAGCCAGCCCUUUCAGUCAUCGCCUUCACAGGACAAUGUUCGACUUCCAACCCAACCGGUGUCCCACUCUCCACAGACUUCAACAUGAUCCUUCAACAGGACCCUGUGUCCAAUCAAGUCCUUGCUUUUUUCCAAACGCAUCUCGGUCGCGGAGCAUUUGCAAUGCCCGACUUUCAGCCCGAACGGUGGUAUGCUGUCGACUGGAUCGCGGACCAUGGCGACACGAACACCUCGAGAGUUGGCCAGAUCCUCGUGUGGUUCGCGAAGGACGGCGCAGUGCAUGGCGAGGUCGUUGACCUGGACGACAAAUACAAGAGGGUCGAUCUCUCGAUGCAGCAGGCGGCAGAGGUGCCGAAGAAUCCGGUGGACUUGGGUGUUUUGAGGAGGGCGUGCGAAGACUUGCGGCGUCUGCGGGCAUGCUGA